AUGGAUUGGCUCGGCCUCCUCAUCCUGCUGACCGUGGCUGGGCUGGCACAUGGGAUAUGGGACAACUGCGGAUGGACUUGUGGCCUCCGACCCAUGGUGUCUGAUUCCAUACCUCGUGAUGACGGCAUGACACGCAUCGUGGGUGGCACAGAUGCCAAGCCAGGGGCCUGGCCCUGGAUGGUUAGCAUCCAGCACCCCUGGUUACCAGGUGCAAAGCAUUGGUGUGGAGGGUCCCUCAUCAGUGCAGAGUGGGUCCUCACGGCAGCACACUGCUUCGACAAGAUCAAGAAAAUCAGCAUCUUGGAUGUGGAGAUUGGUGCCACCCAGUUGACUCAGCCAGGCCCUGGGGCACAAGUGCGCAAGAUCAAGAAGUUAUUUCGUCACGAAAACUAUAAGAGAAGUGAUAUAAGUAAUGACAUUGCCUUGCUGGAACUGAAUGAGCCUGUCCAGUGCAGCCCUUACAUCCAGCUGGCCUGUGUGGCUGACCCCACCCUAAGAGUCUCAGAGCUGCAAAACUGCUGGAUUGCUGGCUGGGGUUCAACCACAGAAGGAGGUGAAGACUCAAGUGAUGUCCUACAAGAGGCCAAGGUCCAGCUUAUCGAUGUCCAGCUCUGCAACAGCAGUGGCUGGAAUGCAGGGAAAAUCCACACCCACAACUUGUGUGCUGGUUACCCGCAGGGCAACAUCGACACCUGCCAGGGUGACAGCGGUGGUCCUCUCAUGUGCCAGGACAACAACGCUGACUCCUGGUGGGUUGUUGGAGUGACCAGCUGGGGAAAAGGAUGCGCCAGAGCAAAACUGCCUGGAGUCUACACCUCCACUCAGUACUUCUAUGACUGGAUUCUAACCCAGAUGGGAGAUCUAUGUGGGCUCCGACCCAUGGUGUAUGAGUAUGAGUACCUGGAUCAUGAUGACGGCACAACACGCGUCGUGGGUGGUGCAAAUGCCAAGCCAGGGGCCUGGCCCUGGAUAGUAAGCCUUAAGCAUCCUGCAAUACCAGGCACAAGACACCUGUGUGGAGGGUCACUCAUCACUGCAGAAUGGGUUCUCACAGCAGCACACUGCUUUGACCCCAUCAGGAAGAUUGGCAUGGUGUAUCUGGUGAUUGGUGCCACCCAGUUGACUCAGCCAGGACGUGGAGCACAACUGCGACGGAUUAAGAAGUUAGUGCGUCAUGAGCACUAUAAUCCAAGUGACAAAAGUAAUGACAUUGCCUUGCUGGAACUGAACAAGCCUGUUGACUGCAACGCCUACGUCCAGCUGGCCUGUGUGGCUGACCCUGCCCUAAGCCUCUCAGAGCUGCAGAACUGCUGGGUGGCUGGCUGGGGUUCCACUGCUGCAAGAGGUGAGUUCCCAAGAGAGACUCCAGAUGAUGUCCUACAAGAGGCCAAGGUCCAACUCAUCGAUGUCCAGCUCUGCAACAGCAGUGGCUGGUAUGCAGGGGAAGUCCACACCCACAACUUGUGUGCUGGUUACCCGCAGGGCAACAUCGACACCUGCCAGGGUGACAGCGGUGGUCCUCUCAUGUGCCAGGAGAAAAACAGUGACUUCUUCUGGAUUGUUGGAGUGACCAGCUGGGGAAGAGGCUGCGCCAGAGCAAAGCGGCCUGGAAUCUACACCUCCAUUCAGUACUUCUAUGACUGGAUUGGCAUCCACAUUGGCCUGGAGACAACUCAAAGUGCUUCUUGA